UCCUCUGCCCAGGACAAACCUGUCUGCCUCCUUCUCCUGCCAGGGUACUCGGGAACACUGGCCCUGCUACCAGAGCCCCAGGAGCCCCCAUGAGUGCUGGCCAAGGGAAUCCUGGCUAGUGAGGCCCCACGCUGGUGCUGGGGUGAGUGCUCCCACCGUGCCUCCUACCGUCCUCCAGCACCUGGAGCACAACGUGAAGAUGAUGAGCCGCCGCAAGAUGCUGCUGCUGCUGCUGGGCGCCAGCACCGUGAGCCUGCUCAUCCACCAGGGGGCGCAGCUCCGCUGGUACCCCAAGCUGUUCCCCUUGAGCUGCCCACCCCUGCGGGCCUCGCCCCUGCGCCCCAAGCACAUGACCGUGGCCUUUCUGAAGACGCACAAGACAGCGGGCACGACGGUGCAGAACAUCUUGUUCCGCUUCGCCGAGCGCCACAACCUGACGGUGGCCCUGCCGCACCCGAGCUGCGAGCACCAAUUCUGCUAUCCGCGCAACUUCUCGGCGCACUUCGUGCACCCGGCCACGCGGCCGCCGCACAUGCUGGCCAGCCACCUGCGCUUCGACCGCGCCGAGCUCGCGCGCCUCAUGCCACCCGGUACGGUCUAUGUCACCAUCCUGCGAGAGCCGGCAGCCAUGUUCGAGUCCCUCUUCAGCUACUACAACCAGUACUGCCCGGCCUUCCGACGCGUGCCCAACGCGUCCCUGGAGGCCUUCCUGCGGGCGCCCGAGGCCUACUACCGCGCCGGCGAGCACUUCGCCAUGUUUGCGCACAACACGCUGGCCUACGACCUGGGCGGCGACAACGAGCGCAGCCCGCGGGACGACGCCGCCUACCUGGCCGGCCUCAUCCGCCAGGUGGAGGAGGUCUUCUCGCUCGUCAUGAUCGCCGAGUACUUCGACGAGUCGCUCGUGCUGCUGCGCCGUCUGCUAGCCUGGGACCUGGACGACGUGCUGUACGCCAAGCUGAACGCGCGCGCCGCCUCCUCGCGCCUGGCCGCCAUCCCCGCGGCGCUGGCACGGGCGGCGCGCGCCUGGAACGCGCUCGACGCCGGCCUCUACGACCACUUCAAUGCCACCUUCUGGCGGCGCGUGGCGCGGGCCGGCCGCGCGUGUGUGGAGCGCGAGGCGCGCGAGCUGCGCGAGGCCCGCCAGCGCCUGCUGCGCCGCUGCUUCGGCGACGAGCCCGUGCUGCGGCCCGCCGCGCAGAUCCGCACCAAGCAGCUGCAGCCUUGGCAGCCCAGCCGCAAGGUGGACAUCAUGGGCUACGACUUGCCGGCGGGCAGCGGGCCUGCCACCGAGGCUUGCCUCAAGCUGGCCAUGCCCGAAGUGCAGUACUCCAACUACCUGCUGAGGAAACAGAAGCGCCGGGGAGGCGCGCGGCCCCGGCCAGAACCCAUCCUAGACAACCCACCGCCACCUCGGCCCGUCCGAGCGCUGCCCCGCGGGCCCCAGGAACAAGGCCCCUGAGUCCUGCUCACCUGCCUCCUGGA